UCAGCCUUCCUGUUCCUGUUCCUGAGAUCAGCCUUCCUGUUCCUGUUCCUGAGAGCAGCCUUCCUGUUCCUGUGAGCAGCCAUGGACGUCAGCGACCCCCAGACUCUCGGCUUCGUGGUGUUCGGAGGCUUCAUGUUCAUCUCGGCCCUCGGCAUCGCCCUCGUCUCCACGCUGUCCAUGAAGGAGACGUCGUACGAAGAGGCGCUGGCCAAGCAGCGCCGCGGGCUCGUCCAAUCGCAGCCCCACAAGGCCGAGAAGAAGAAGAAGUCUCUGGAGAAGAAGAAUAAAGCCAAGAAGAAGGACGACGGGAAGCUGUCAGAAGCAGGAAGCGAUGGCGGCGAGGAGCCAGAGGGGGCGCUGGUCUGUACCGAGCCAGAACCUGACCCUGAACACGCUGCCGCCGCGGAGCCUGAACCCAAGCCUGCCACGCCUGAACCGGAGCCAGAACCCAAACCUGCCACACCUGAACCGGAGCCUGAACCCACCGUGGUCACCGCCAGCGCCGUGGAGUCUGCUCCAGCCUCGUCGCCAAAGGAGAAGAAGAAGAAGAAGUCAGCUGUCGCUCAGUCAGCCAAGGUGGAGCUGUCUGCUGCGUUGGAAACCGUUGCUAAGGAAGUCCUGGUCAUGGCCGUGGCGCCGGUGGUGGAUGUUUCUCCGGUGAACGUCGUUUCUGAAGUCACCAAAGAACCGUCUGCUGGUAAAACUGAAGAACCCAAGGAGACCUCGAGCAAGAAGAAGAAGUCCAAGAACAAAGCGGAGCCAGUGAGCAACUCUGCAGACUCGUCCCUGCUGCUGCCGUACAGCGAGCUGCUGUCCGCCAUCACCGCCAUGACGCUCAGCGACCACGAGAUGCACAAACUCACCGAGGUCCUGAACCAGAAGGCUGGAGUCCGCCACGAAUCCUGGCAGCUGGCCUGUCAGAAAGGAGACCCGCUGUCCAAUCUGAAGAAACAGCUGGAGGAGAAAGAGAAGCUGCUGACCGUCGAGCAGGAGAGCUCCGCCGCCGCCAAGACUCGCCUCCGAGACAUCAGCAAGGAACUUGGUGCAGAGAAAUCCAAGACGGCGUCUUUGGAUGCCCGUCUGAAGGCGGAGCUGAGUGCUCAGGUUCAGAAGGUCGACGCCAUGCGGGCCAAAAUGGAGACAGCUAACCAGGAACACCUCAAACAUACGCAGCAGCUCAACCAGAAGAUCGGGAGUCUGCAGGAACAGCUGGAGAACGGUCCCAACGCUCAGCUGGCCCGACUGCAGCAGGAGAACUCCAUCCUCCGAGAUGCCUUGAACCAGGCAACCAGCCAGGCCGAGAGCAGGCAGAAUGCGGAGCUGGCCCGUCUCAGGCAGGACUGCGUCCGUCUGGGUCGAGAGUUGGCCGAGCGUACCGACGCGCUGCGGGCCGACGAAGAUCGCAGGAAGGGCCUGGAGGCCAAGAUGGCCGCCGCCGAGCAAGAACUAGCCAAAGCCCAGCUGGCCCGCAAGGACACUGAGCGUGCUCUGCAGAAGCAACUGGAGGAAGUACGUUUGGAGCUGAACGCAUCAAAGCAGGAAGCUGCUGCCGUUAGCGAGCUGCAGGGGGCGCUGGAGUCCAGAGAGGCUGAACUGCAGGAGCUCAAGGUCCAGCUGGAGAACCAGGCUGCAGUCCAGGUGGAGCGAUCGUCUGACGUGGAGCAGCUGAAGAACAGUGUGCAGCGCAGAGACGAGCAGGUUGUCUCUCUGGAGGCGGAGCUCACUCAGCUGAGGGCGGAGCUACAGCUGCUGACAUCAUCACAGUCACAGAGAGUGAAGGAGGAAGAAGAAGAAGAAGAAGAAGCAGCCGGUGAGCAGACGCAGAAAGACCGAUCAGGAAGCGAGACGGAGUCCGAGCAGCCGUUUGAAAGUCUGGAGGAAGACUCUCAGCUGCUGCGUCUGGAGGAAGAACUGCACACGCUCAGAGAGGAGCUGCAGCAGGCUCAUAACCACGGCGACGAGCUACAGGACAAAAUGGCGACGCUUUCGGCGGCGGAGCGUCAGAGCGAGCAGCGAGAGGCGGAGCUUAAAGCAGCGCUGGCUGAAGCCGAGUCCAGGUUUGCGUCUCUGCGUCAGGACUUCCAGGCGUCGCUGCAGGUUCUGUUUCCCGGCAUCUCUGUGGAGACGGAGAAGAGCGACUGGCUCGAGCUUCUUACUCAGAAAGUUCAGGAGAGAAAAGGUGAAACAGAGAGCGCUCAGUCUGAGCUGCAGUCGAGGCUGAUGGAGGCCGACAGGAGACAGACUGAACUGCAGACGGAGUUGGAUCAGAACCGGAAGCUGCUGCGGGAAACGGAGGCGGAGCUUCACGCUCUGCAGCGACGCUCUGAAGAAGAAGAAAACGUCUGGAAGAACAAACUGUCCGAUACCGAACAGCAGAAACAAACGGUUCUGGAUCAGCUGACGCUGCUGCAGGACGAAGUGCAGUCGAAGACGUCGGAGACAGAAAACACUCAGCAGCUGAAGGAACAGCUGAUGUUGCUGGAGGCUCAGCUGGAGAAACAGCUGGAGGACGCCAGCGUCUCGCAGAGCUGCUGCGAGGAGCUCGCUCAGUUGCGGUCUCAGGUGCAGCAGAUGUCCGUCCGGCUGCAGGCGGAGCAGGAGCAGCGACAGCAGCUGGAUGCACAGCUGGAGCAGGCUCGACGGGACGUGUUGGAGCUGCAGCAGCAGGCGGAGGCUGAUCAGAGAUCUGCUGCUGCGACCGAGGAAGAGACGGUUCAGGUGAAGGAAGAGACGGUCCAGGUGAAGGAAGAGACGGUCCAGGUGCAGGAAGAGACGGUCCAGGUGAAGGAAGAGACGGUCCAGGUGCAGGAAGAGACGGUCCAGGUGCAGGAAGAGACGGUCCAGGAAGAGACAGUUCAGGUGCUGGAAGAGAUGCCAGUGUGAAAUAAACUUCUCUUCCUUCAUGUUUGUUGUUACAAUGAUUCCAUGUACUUUAAAGCUCCAUCUCCAGCGCUACGUUUUAGUUUUUAAGUAUUUGAGUUUUGAGCCAAAAGUUGGCGUCAGUGUCGGCGUUGCCAAAGGUCUCCGUUUGGAGCCGUUGAGACUGCAAC